CUGGAGGAAAAUUUAAGGAAACCAGCAUCUGGCCUUUUAGUGGGUGUUGGGGGAAAGAAGUCAUUGCAAUUAAAAGGUUAAAUGUGCUGCCAGUUGCUCCAUCUUUAGAAAAGGGCUCUUAGAUAAUAUUUAUACAACAGUACUUUCAAAAAGGAAAAUGGCUUGAGUAAGUUUCUUUAUUUUUUUUUCAUAAACUCUAACUAAAUCUCUGAUUGAAAUAAAAGCUAGCCCCCUCCCCCUUUCAAUGGCUGUUGAAACAUUUUCAAUAAUAAUAAAAUCUGGUGUAGGGAUUUCCCCAAAUUGUGCUACAUUAAUGUCUCAGGGCAGUUCCCUGAUCUGCUAUUUCUUCCUCCUCGUAGAGUCAGCUGAUAAAAAUAUCCACAGACACAGUGAAGUCAGUGGCACGGCUGGCUUUCUCAGACAGAACUCCAUGUGAUCACAUAUAGGCAGCCUCACUGAGGCUCAGGCCGUGCAGCAAGCAGUAGGUAAUGAGUCUUUGUGCGAGUGAAGCUCUUGUCUCGGAACAAUAAAGCAUAUGGUACCGGCAAUAGAACACGGGGCUGGGAAAUAUAAGAAGAUUCCACCGAACCAGGAAGAACGAUGAUGCCUUCCGUGAUGCCGACACGUACUAUAAAAUGAUAAUCAAUUUAUUUUGGAUUCUAAUGAAUAAAGAGUGCAAGGACUCGGCUACAGCUGUUUGAACAGGUACACGCAGCAACACGCAGCAAUGAGUGGGAUUCUAAAGAGGAAGUUUGAAGACGUUGACGCCUCCUCUCCCUGCUCCUCCGCUCGCGAGUCUGACGACGAAGUCUCCAGCAGCGAGAGUGCUGACAGCGGGGACAGUGUCAACCCGUCCACCUCCAACCACUUCACCCCUUCCUCCAUCCUCAAGAGAGAGAAAAGGCUGAGGACAAAGAAUGUGCACUUCAGUUGCGUCACUGUGUACUACUUCGCCAGGAGGCAGGGCUUCACCAGUGUGCCCAGCCAGGGGGGCAGCACCCUGGGGAUGUCCAGCCGCCACAACAGCGUACGCCAGUACAGCCUGGGCGAGUUUGCAAGAGAGCAGGAACGGCUGCACCGAGAGAUGCUGAGAGAACACCUCAGGGAGGAGAAGCUCAACUCUCUAAAACUAAAGAUGACGAAGAAUGGCACUGUAGAAUCUGAAGAAGCCAGCACUCUGACCGUGGAUGACAUUUCCGAUGACGACAUUGAUUUAGACAACACAGAGGUAGACGAAUACUUCUUCCUGCAGCCCCUGCCCACGAAAAAACGGAGAGCCCUGCUGCGGGCCUCCGGAGUGAAGAAGAUUGACGUGGAAGAAAAGCACGAGCUGCGAGCCAUCCGCCUGUCUCGAGAGGACUGCGGCUGUGACUGCAGAGUGUUCUGUGAUCCAGAAACAUGUACCUGCAGCCUGGCAGGCAUCAAGUGUCAGGUGGAUCGUAUGUCUUUCCCAUGUGGCUGCACUAAAGAAGGCUGCAGUAACACAGCAGGUAGAAUUGAAUUUAAUCCUAUCCGUGUCCGGACUCAUUUCUUGCACACAAUAAUGAAACUUGAACUGGAGAAAAACCGGGAGCAGCAAAUCCCCACGCUCAACGGCUGCCACGGUGAGAUAAGCACCCACGGCGCUUCCAUGGGCCCUGUCGCUCACUCCGUAGAAUACUCCAUCGCAGACAAUUUUGAGAUUGAAACUGAACCCCAGGCUGCGGUGCUGCACCUGCAGGACGAACUGGACUGCCAAGGAGAGGAGGAGGAAGAGGAGGAGGAUGGAAGCAGCUUCUGCAGCGGAGUCACUGACUCCAGCACACAAAGCCUGGCUCCCAGCGAAUCGGAUGAGGAGGAGGAGGAAGAGGAGGAGGAGGAGGAAGAGGAGGAGGAAGACGACGAGGACGAGAAGGGAGACAGCUUUGUAGAAGGGCUCGGGGGCCACACUGAAGUCGUCCCGCUUCCUUCUGUCCUAUGUUACUCCGACGGCACAGCAGUCCAUGAAGGCCACACAAAAAACGCUUCGUUUUACGCUAGCUCUUCAACUCUGUACUACCAAAUAGACAGCCACAUCCCUGGAACUCCUAGCCAGAUCUCUGACAACUACGCUGAAAGAGAUACUGUCAAAAACGGUGCCCUCUCGCUGGUGCCUUACGCCAUGACCCCAGAGCGGUUCGUUGACUAUGCCAGACAAGCAGGCGAGGCCUACGGAGCCUCCCACUACCCAGCUGCCAAUCCUUCCGUCAUUGUCUGCUGUCCCACUUCUGAAAACGAGAGCGGGGUGCCCUGUAACACCUUAUAUCCUGAACACAGGCCCACUCUUCCCCAAGUGGAGUUCCAUUCAUACUUGAAAGGCCCUUCCCAGGAAGGGUUUGUCUCCACCUUGAAGGGCGACAGCCACAUUCCAGAGCGCCCUGCAGAAAAUCCCUUGAGCCUCGCAGAAAAGAGCAGGUUGCACGAGGAGUGCAUCAAGUCCCCGGUGGUGGAGACGGUUCCCGUUUAGUCGCUUAAGUCUUCUGUUUAAGGCGCCGUAUAUUGCAUUUGCUGGGCUCAUCCUUGUCUGACCUGGAAGACCAAGAAAAUAUGGACCGCGAUCAGUCUCCCAGACAGUAUUUCCUCCCUCCCUUCCUUCCUUUCUAGCUUCCCAACUGUGGCGUGGCACAAAUAACAGUCGCUCUGGGGAUUUUAAACGAUUUUGAACUGUUUUGAUAGAAAAUGAAAAUGCUAAAUUUAAAAGAAAAAAAAAUGCAUUAUCUCACAGUUGCCUACCUGUCAAACUGUGUGAAACCUGCCAAGCUAUGCAGAUCAUAGCUCCGAGUUUUAGAUUAUCGGGCCUGUGCAAGAUUGUUAAGACUAAGACUAAAAACAAAAACAAAAAAAGAAAAAUUGCGAUUUAGAGUCCUAAUUUUCGAUAUAUCCGGAGAUGAUGGUGACUUUUUAAUGUAAAAGUAAUUAUUGUAAGAAAAAAAAGAUUGAAUCGUUUCCUGUGUAUUUUAUUUAUGGUAGUUUAGAAAUCAUGCUUUGAUGAAAAUGAACAGCAUGUUCAUUGAAGCUGAAGAUGUGUUAGCUAGCACCACAGAGCAUGCCCGCAAGGACUGCACCUGGAAUCCACCCACAUUUUUACUAUCAUGACUGAGCAGAUUUGCAAAUAAUUUCUUAAGGAUGAAAUGGGCUUAUUUUUGCUAUUUGGGACAAAUGAGUCGAUAUGUGCAGGUCCUUAUGCCGUUUUCUCUAACGUUAAGAGUUAGGACAAUCCUCCGGUGAGGGUCUCAUUCACUGCCCUCCCUCAGCUGAGAUAGAUGGAAUUGCCUUUCUUUUUAAAACAGUGUCAUCUUGUUUAUCAGCUUGGACAGCACCUUUAAACUCUACCCCCUCCACCACAAUGCACUUUAGUGCCCCUUCGUGGUACCUCAUGUGGGAUGGGGUCUCAGAGCGCGUUGAAAUAAUUUUUUUUUAUUAUAAUAAAUGCUAACCAUUGUGAGGUUCAUACGGUAGAGAUGGAAGAUUCCUCCAGUGACAUGAGGGUGUGUUCUUUCUCCGCUCUGAGGACCUAACUCAGUCCUGACACAGAGAAAGCUGAGAACACAGCCUCAGCAACCAGUCUGUUCUACAUCCAGGAUCGACCAAUCUCUACAAAAAGCGGAAACGUGUAUUUCCACUUAGUGACCAGCUGAUUGAAGGCAGGCCUGUACUUGUGUACUUAUUAGGCUUACUUUCCUGAAGCAUUUUUAUCUAUUUGUCUUGCCUGGGACAGUUAACGGCACAGUUCAGAAUGCAUUGCCAAGGCAGCCCCCUCAUGUUCUCUUACUUAAUGAAGAACGUGGUUAGAAAGGAAACAUGCACCAUUGAUGCCUGGAGGGACUUUGAGCAGCCUUUCCUAUAAAGUGCUGUGAUUUCCCCCAGUGAAGUGGUGAUGCUGAAUCCCUUUUCCAGUUUUGACAUUCUAUUGUUCCAUCAUUUCAUAUGUUUUAUAACUAUUUAAAAUGUCGAUACGCGCUGCUAUGUAGUAACUGCAUUUUUUUUUAAAGUCUCCUAAUCUUGGGCAAUUGAAUAUCUCAGAUUUUAUUUUAUUUUAUUUUAUUUUAUUUUAUUUUAUUGAUCAAUCUUGAACGUGCUUCAGAGUCCUCCAGGAAGCAGUUUUUAUGUAAACUCAAAGUGGAGAAAGUGUGCUUGCUUAUGGAGUCAGUGCCUGCCCUUCUCUAUGCCUCCUCAAAGCCAAAUUAUCACCAUUGCUAACAUUAAAAGUACUUUGGGUUUGUCAUGAUAUAGAAAGCAGAAAUUGGGGUGGCCUUCUUCUUUUGGUUGGUUGAUGGGGCAAAUCUGAUGGGAACUUGCUCUGAUCAUGGUAGAAUGUCCAGAGUUAUCUGCAGUGUUACCAUUUUUUGUGUUUGAUCUCCAGUUUCCUUGGCCCCUGCCUACGCAGUCUAAAGAGCAGGGGCUCAAAGAAGAAACGACAAAAGGCUAUUGUUCCUCCAUUCAAGCAAAUGAAAGAAUUCUGUGUUCCAUAUUUGCUAGACCACUCCAAACUCUGGAAGUACUUGGUGAGGCACUCUCAGGAUAGUCUUAAGGCAGAGUGCCAGGAGGUAAACGGCAACCCUGACAAUGGUGGAGUUGAAGCAGGGACUGAAAGUCCAGUUCCUGAAUCCUCAGAUAUGUUUAUUUCACCCAGCUUUACUUCUAUAAGGUUUGAAGCCUGCAUUUUUUUUUUUUUUAAUUUUGGCUGGGUUUCUCUUUUGCAGCUUUAUUUUUCCCAAAAGGAUACUUAAAAAAACAGAGCUUUCUUCCUCUCUCUGUUCAGCUAGGAUAGAAAGUCUCACUCUGCUAAGGAUAAUCACCUCUCUAAGCAUGAAAGCCUCCAUUCCAAACUUUUCACAUACCUAAGUAGACAUCCCUCACAAAUCAGAACAGGUACAGGCUACCUAUUUCAGCAAUAACAAAUAUAAUCCUCCAGGCUUUAUCUGUAUUACACACCAAGCCGUAGAGUGGGAUGGAUGUUAGGCAGUUAGCUAGUAAUGAGUGCUGGGUAGUUAGUUCCUACAGUACAGUCAAGCUGUGUUUUAUCUAAAAAUAUAAAUAGAGGACAUUUUUGGAAGCCGUUGAUUGAAAAUAUUGGGCUAAAGUUACAUCUUGUAUUAAUGAGGAAUUUCACUGUGAUUUCGUUUCCCAGUGGGAGCUGAGACCCCUCUGGGUUUUUCUUCCCAUCGAUAGACUUACUCAGCAAAAACUGCCCACAUGUGAGGCAAUCGCUACAGUAGUUUCUGCUCUUCAAAAGGAAGGCUGCAGUUAGAUGCAGCCAGGUUGAGACACUUUAAGUCACUGCCCCAAGGCACCAUGAUAUGACCUGAAGCUGUUGUGUUGCUUCUGUAGUAUAUCUAAAAUAUUAGAGUCUUCUGUGCACACGUUUCCAAGACAUACACUGUCAAAUACAAAGCUCCAGACCCUAUUGUUUUAAAGAUUUUAUUCCCAGCUAUACUGGCCAAGUGGAUUUGCAAGUCAAAUGUCCUGUUCAGCCUAAUCCACUUCAUCUCUUUUAUUGUUUCUUGAGUACAGAACUGUAUAAGAAAAAUGUCAAAUUCAUGCCAGUAAACUCCCACCGGUUUCUGGAGGGCAUUUGGUUCAUUCAGAACCCAGGGAACUUAAAAAGCAUUGUAGGACACGACCCUCUUAUUCAUUGCCUGGAAGCAGACAAAAAAAAUGAGAGGAGAUCAUUAUUAACCCCUCCUUUUAGCUAUAGUUACAAUCCAGUGACAGUUUACAGUCAUUAUAGCCUCGGAUAAAUGGAAGGCACCUUUAUGCUUGCAAGGUCAAAAUGACUGUAAUUUGAAAUUGUAACUAUUUGUUGUAUCAUUACCAUGACCAACUGCUAAUGUGCAAGGGCUGCUCACUUUUACUCCUAAUACAAAAUUGAAAUUUCUUAUCACGUCAUUUUCCAAGAACGGGGAACUUGUGUUGGAGUCACUUAAAUGUCACAGCUUUGCACCCACAGUUCAGCUCAAAAGAUCUGUUCUGUAGCAUGGCAGAACUUAAUUGACUAAGGAACCACAACUUAAAAGCUCUUAAAAUUGUGAAAGGGACAGGAUAGGGGUUCAAAUGUGAUGUAAGUUUGGAUGUGAUGGUAUCAGCUAUAAACUAUUAAUAUAUCUCAGCAGAGUUAGACUGGGGGUAGUGCACAGAACAUUCAUAAGUGGUAGGUACCCCAAACCCAGAAAGGUCAGUUCUGAUGUGGCACAGACCUCCAGCAAUCUGAGGAAAGUCUUCAAACACACACACUUAACACUAAAUGACUAAGCGACUAAUGUUGACAAAAGAGAGAAAAUUCUUUAACAAAGGUGACUCUAAAACAAGUUACUUUGUAAGCUUUCCCUCAGUUUCUCUUAUGAAUUCUCAAUCAAGACCCUGAGGCUCAGUUCCUAAAUAGCACAGGUAUCAGAAAGUUACACCUGGACACUUGGUACUGCCUGGGUUUUCUCUGUUGGUCAUGGAAGGGUUAGUCCAACUGUGUACUCUCUUGCCUGCCCUGGGGUUUCCAUUCUGAGUGUGUUAAAUCAGACAAAAGAAGGGGAAUGGUGAGAGUAAGAAUGAAUUCCAGAACCUAACCUGGAAUGCCUUUUUAGUCUGUUGUUUAUGGGUAGGUUUUUCUAAUACCUUUAAUAUAGUACACAGAGAUAUUUCUUACAUAGGGGAAAAGAAAUCACUCCAAAGACGUCCUGCUGGUUUCUGUUGUUUUUGUUUGUUUGUUUGUUUGUUUGUUUGUUUUCCUUGCCAUUAGCCUCUCGCUAUACAGGAUCAUUGCUUUGUAUCUGACCCUUCAUGAUUGCUUACAUUUCAAGAGAAGACAAUUCUAUUGUUAUUUCAUUUCAUCUUUCACAAAAGCUGGCACAGCCAACUUUGUAAAGGAGGAUGAUCAGUGUUAUUUUAGGCAGCAUUUGUGCUCAGCAGUUGCUGGAAUGUGUCACACUAUAUCCUUAGCAUACUGAUAGUAGAGUCAGUUCAAAUUAUAGAUUUUGUCACAUGUGCAAGGCCAUCUAAGUAUUUUUAAGGAUAAUGUAUAUUGAUUAGAAAGGGCUAUGAGGAGUUAAAUUGGAUGGAAAUUGGCCUUGCUUUUGUCAAAAUUGAUUUACGUGACUUUCCUGAUUUUUAGCUGUAACUGUAAAAUAUUUCCAUAAUUAAAUGUCUAAUUUCUUUUUAUCUCUUUUCCAAUAUUUUUAUCGGGCUUGGACUAAACCUAAAAGUUAUUUAUUACUGAGUACUUAAAAAAAAACUGAACUUUAAGAUGUCUUGUUAAAAUUAUCUAGGUAAUCCUAUCUGGACCAUGUCGCAGUGCCCACAUAAUAAGACUACUUACCCUAUCGUCUGAGUCAUGCUCCCUCUGAUAGUUUGAUUGCUAUCUCUGUGUUGGAGAAAUAUCGAAAGGGAAUUUGUAGUACAUUGUAUUUAAUAUUGCUUUGCCCUCUUUGUCAUGUUGGCUGCCAAUCUGUCUCUCUUUUCUUAGAAAUGCCACUGGUAUUGAAAGGUAAUUCAAAUAACUAUGUGAAUUAUGAAAGUUUAUUUAAAUAUGAAGAAAAGAAAGUACUCAACUUUAAAUCCAAAUUCUCCUUAAGAGGGAAAAAAAUACCUAAAGCUAGGAAACAAAUUGUUGCCCUUAAAAGAAAAAAUAGUGUUUAUACCUGAGUGAUGUGAUGGUACCCAAAUAAUAUCUGGACUUGAUAGAUUUAAAAUUUUAAAAGCUACAGAAGUCCGUUUCUUGGUGGUGGUGGUGGUGGUUUUGUUGUUGUUUGUUUUUUUUUGUUGUUGGUUGUUUGUUUUUUACCACAACUAAUCACAGUCUACUGCCAGGGUACGCCACCCAAAGCCUGAUUUGUUAGGCUCUAGUCAUGCCCAUCAGGUAACUGAAAACAGCUUAAUCUUCUUAAAGAUAUUCACAGAAGCCAACUAAGCGUGAAUAAUGGGAGGUUUGAGAUUCUUCUGUAUUCUUUAGAUUGUGUAGGCCUGAGCCUAAGAGAAAUCUCCAGAGGUCACAUGGCUCAUUCAUCUACCUCUGGGGAGGACUGUCGCUCAGGCAUAUCCAACAGCACAGAUACCCAUUUAUUCUUGACAUCUCUAGGGAAGAUGGUUUCCUUGGCAACACAAUCCAGCCCUUUCAGGUUUCCUCACAAUAAAAACCUAUCUUAGCCAGUCUUUGUGGACGAGGCACCUGGCAACAGUCGUGGUAAUUUGGGCAACUGUGCUGAAAGACUUUAGAAGUUGGCUUCUCCCUUCAUUUGCCAAUUACUAUCUAAGGCCAUUCUCUAAACGUCUUAAGGACUCAAAUUUUAAAAGAAAACGUUGGUACUCUGACACUGAAUAACGUAACCUGCUUUAGCAACAUAUAAGGCGGUUUUUAUUCGUUUGUAUUUGCUUUUUUAAGAAUUACUGUCAGGGAGAGUGACUAAUUUAGAUCCCUGUCCCAAGCAUCAGCGCUAGAGUCAAGUGAGUUGACCCUUUAACUGUUGAGCUAUCCUCCGAGAAAUUACAAGCAAGUGAACAAGUACCUUCUUGCUAACCUUCCCUUAGCGUAGGUAACAAGUGAAAACCUAAGCUUUUCUUCUCCUUCUGGAAAAGAAGUGACUGUCUCUGAAGAAUCUGAUAUGGAAUAAAAUGACUCCAAAGAAUCGCUCAGCCAGCAUUUGAUCUCAGCCUGUGUAUGAGGAUAUUAUGUAAACAAUGGCUGCUAGCAUUCUCAGGGAUCAGGAAACUGAUUUAAACAUAUCUCAUCUUGACAUAGGCCUGAAAACUAAAGAAGGAGUUCUGGGAAAGGGUGGUGUUUUGUUUUUGUCUUCUUCUUCCUCCUCCUCCUCCUUUUCUUUUCCCUGGUGACAUCACUUGACCCAGACACUCCCUGCAGUUUCUGGGUGCCAGCAACUAAGAGACAGCACUAACGGGAAGCUGAGGACCACCCUGGAAAUCAGUGUUUCCUUUCUCCAUGGAUCUUUUCCAAUCUCAAUAUGGCUGAUUUUCCCCACCUGAGUGCUUGAGUGAAAUGACAGCCACAUCAAUGUGCUUGGUCCCCAUCAGUAACACUAUGGGGAAGUAAUCCAGUGACACUUUUAGUUUCAAAAAAAUAAAAAUAAAAAAGAAGUUGCUGUAGAAUGCUAAUGUAAUGAAUGGUGAAUAAAAUUUGGCCUAUGUUUUAAUUGACUCUAGGCACCUCAACAGAAAGAAGUCUGAGGCGUAGUUUGUGAAACACAGUUCAAAAGUGUUUGCUGAUGUAUAAUAAAUGCUAGACAAUACAGUACAGAAAUAGUAAAAGAAAACCCUGAACCUGUAGAUUACAACUCUGUUCCUAAGAACUCAACCUUUGUUGUGUCUUAGUAAUGUCUCUCUGCUUUCUCUUUAGUUGAUCACAUUUUGGUGUAAUCGCCACUUAAGAUAGAGCUAUGAAUACAUAUGUACUGGUUAAUGCCUGUUAAUGCAGAAAAAGGCAUUUUGUUAUGUCAGUGUGUCUCCCUCAGUGUCACAGGGUAUAAACAUUUGAUAGGAAAGGCCAUUUGGCAUUGGUCAACAAAACAUUUUUCACUUAAGAAAAAAAAAAUUCAUGUAUGCAAUUGGUUGCGUGGAUAAAUGUCACCCUUUGCAGUAUCUUUGUCUUGAUCAUAGUCUUAGACAUCAACCAUGUCUCCACUUGCAAGCUGCCAUAGGAACUUGGUAUAUUUGAACACCCUUGUAAGAUGCAGUGAGCUGGUAGAUCACGUGAUCCUGAGGACUCAAGUAUCCUUCCGUCUAUGUUGAACCACCCAUGCGUUUCCUAUGGUCCUUAAACAAGGGCAGUCUUUUGAGGAUGUUUGUUUUAGGUGUUUGGGUUUCGGCCUGUUGGAAGCGGGCAGGGGGAAGAUUCAUCACUUAAACCUCAGAAAAGCCACAGCACUAUAAAGUACACUUUACCAUUGAUUGGUUUUUAUCUUUCAACUGAUUUGUAUCAUUAUUUUUACCCAAUAGAUCUUCAAUAGAUACUUCAUUACUGUUAGGUGCAUUCUGAUAAUUUGUAAGGUGGAAAGGGAAGAAAACCAAACUAAAACCCAUACAGUCAUUUUAUACCAUGAUGUCAUGUUGUAUGUCACAAUUUCUAGACUGAUUUCUCUCGUGUACAAGUUAUGACAUCAAAGAUGCCAAAGGGGAUAUAAAAUAAGCUGCAAUGAUAUUCAACAGAAUUUAUCCUGGACCUUAUGUUGUAAUUAUUUAUUCAUAUUAGCUGUAGUCUUCUGUAUUUAUAUUUUCAGUAUUUAUUAUGAAUGACAUGAAACUUCCUGUAUUUAUUGUGGCUUUUUGUUGCAGUGUGUGUAUGUAUAUAUAUAUACAUAUAUAUAUUACAAAUGAGCAUUUUUAAGUCUGAUCUUUAAGUUUCUUUUAUUAGUGGCACUUGUACUGUGCUGUACUUUUUAUUACAUAUUGUACAAUAGCUUGUCCAUUCGUUUGCAACAGAGUAAAACUGGUUUCUAAGUUGUAGCUCCUGUUGCGUUUUUAUUGCUCUUUGUGUGAAAGUGGUGGUCUUGUGCUCUGAGCUUAGCGACUUCUGUCUUCCUUCACACUCUUGUGCCUUUUAGAAUACCUUCUUCAGACACCAGGAAGAUAGCUUUGUUGGUAAAGUGCAGGUCCUACAAGCAAGAAGACCUGAGUGUGAUUCCUAGGACCCAGGUAGAAGAUCCAGGAGGGCUCCACACACUGGUAAUGUCAGUCCUUCAAAGGCAGAUACUAGUAGAUCUCUGAGCUCACUGUCAGCCAACCAAACAUAAUUGGU